AUGUCAAGAAUUGCCCGGAGUAUCAGCCGUAGAUUGUAUCAUCCAAAUGCGCUUGAACACCAAGCCAAAUUUCCGCUUUUCCCUUUGACUUAUGGUAGUGAUUCUCUUCAGUAUAAAGUGCUAAAUAACACGCUGAAAAAUCACGUGCCCGAGCAUGGAUUCAACGAAAGGGCGAUAGUAGCAUCGCUGAAUGAGCUGGAACUCGGUUCGUCGGUGUUGUCCGCAUUGGGCAGCGACAACUCGCCCUCUUUUUUGAACGUGGCGCCUUCGGUGCUGGAGUUGGUCAAAUUUCAUCUGGUCACCAAGCGAUAUGCCAUUACGCAAGAGCUGGACUCAGAAUUAGCAAACUCGGAUACCGCCACAUACAACGCACCGGCGUUGAAAACACUUUUCCAACGUCGUCUCGAGCUCAACAAGCCUGUGGCGCCUCAUCUGUCGCAGCUUUUAUCGAUUUUAUCGAUUCCAGGCGAGUUCCUCGUGAAAAGUGCUCUUCCUGAGCUGCAUCGCCUUUCCGACGACAUGGUGUACUAUUCUAACGAGACUGAUUCGCCCGAUUUUGCAUGGUACUCGAAACGGGUAGCCAUUUCGAGUGCGUUUGUGAGCUCUGAACUUUUCAUGGCCCAGGACAAGUCUCCAGAUUACGGCCAGACUUUCGAAUUCGCGGCCGAAAAGCUGGAUCGCGUGACCCGGCUAGGACAAUACUACACUAACACUGAAGAAUACUUGUGGUACACGCUACUGAUGAGUAUCAAUCUGGCAAAAUCCCAGCUUACACGCUGUUAG